AUGGGGAUCGGGGAGCACUUCGAGGGCGUGAAGCAGCACUGGGCGAGCAACUUGGCCUUCCUCGACUACUUCAAGAAGGUCUACGGCCGCGCCGAGCCCCUCCCCAAGUGGUCCGACGCCGACGUCAACGAGUUCAUCGCCUCCGACCCGGUCUACGGGCCCCAGCUCAAGGCCCUGCGGGAGUCGAGGAAGUUCGCGCUCGCCGGGGCCUUCGUCGGCGUCCUGCUGGCGACCGGGUUCGGGGCGAUCACCGGCGCCGUGCUGGGAUCCGAGGUGGCGGAGCACUGGUACCAGUUAUACAAGAUGGACAAGCAGGGGGCCAACCUUAGGUUCAUCUACUGGUGGGAGGACAAGGUCUCAGGUCUGUUCUGUCCCCCUUGUGCCAUCUUGUCCUCUCUUUCCUCAUAUGAUGAUCCAGUUCCUGUUUAG